AUGAGGCGACGGAGAAAAGAACAUAAGGUGCGCGUGCGAUUCAACGUCAACUCUUUGGCGAAAAUGAACAAAGGUUCAAGAGAAGAGCUGCUAGGCAGCUCACAGGAGGCGCUCCGGAACAGCCAGCAUGACCUGCGGCAUGUUUUAGAGAGGCCUCUUACUAGAGAAGAGAAGACUUACCUACUGCACGCGGACCGGGGAGACUAUGCCACUGUUAAGAAACUCAUCGACCAAUACACCGGCAGUCCAGAGCUCUUCGAUAUCAACUGCGUGGACCCCCUCAACCGAUCAGCACUCAUAGCAGCAAUCGAGAAUGAAAACAUCGAAUUAAUAAAACUGCUUCUAAACUCUGGGAUCAAAGUCAAGGACGCGCUUCUACACGCUAUCAAAGAGGAGUACGUGGAAGCGGUGGCUUUGCUGCAGUGGGAGGAGGAGCAUCACGUUCCCGGCGAACCUUACAGCUGGGAGUCCAUGGAAUCUUCAGCAGCCACCUUCACUCCUGACAUCACGCCCCUCAUCCUGGCCGCCCAUCGAAACCACUACGAGAUCCUGAAGAUUCUGCUGGACAGGGGAGCCACGCUGCCGGUACCUCACGACGUCAAAUGCGGCUGCGACGAGUGUGUCAAAUCUUCUCAAGAGGAUUCCCUCAGACACUCCCAGGCUCGCAUAAAUGCCUACCGGGCGCUGACCUCUCCAUCCCUCAUAGCCUUGUCUUCUGCAGACCCGCUGCUGACUGCCUUCCAGCUUUCUUGGGAGCUGAACAGGCUUAGUCGGAUGGAGACGGAGUUUAGAGUAGAAUAUAAGGCCUUAAAACAGCAGUGCCAAGAGUUCGCCACCUCCCUUCUGGACCACACGAGAACUUCCAACGAACUGGAAAUCAUGCUGAACUAUAACCCCUGGGAUAUCGACUGUUGGGAACCGGGGGAAAGACAGACCCUGGGAAGACUCAAGCUGGCUAUCAAGUAUAAGCAGAAAAUGUUCGUCGCUCAUCCAAACGUCCAGCAAUUAUUAGGGGCGAUCUGGUACGAAGGGCUGCCGGGAUUCAAGCGGAAAAACAUCGUCGGCCAAUGUGUACAGGUCGCGAAAUUAGGUGCCAUGUUUCCCAUAUAUUGCACAAUAUACAUGCUAGCGCCGAACUCCGAAUACGGACAAUUCAUGAAGAAACCGUUUGUCAAGUUCAUCUGCCAUAGUUCCUCCUACAUGUUAUUUCUAAUGCUCCUGUCCCUCGCGUCCCAACGGGCCGAGUUCCUAGUGCUGGAGUGGUCCGGCAUCAGCUGGCUGCAGGAGCUGGUGGAGUACUGGAAGGAGCACGAGCGAGGCUCGCUGCCCGGCCUCAUAGAGUUCACUGUCAUUAUUUAUAUAGCUAGUUUAAUAUGGGCAGAGUUAAGAUCACUCUGGACAGGUGGCAUUUUGGAGUACAUCAGCGAUUUAUGGAACAUAGUGGACUUCAUCACGAACAUGUUCUAUAUCGCGUGGAUCAGUUUACGGGUCUCCUCGUGGUACAUUGUUCAGAGGGACUACAAAAACGGCCUAGACCCUUGGUACCCCCGAGAGCGCUGGGAUUCUUUCGACCCCAUGCUACUCUCCGAAGGUGCCUUCGCUGCCGGAAUGAUAUUCUCCUACCUCAAACUAGUCCACAUAUUCUCCAUCAACCCUCACCUGGGACCACUCCAAGUGUCCCUGGGGAGAAUGAUCCUGGAUAUCAUCAAGUUCUUUUUCGUUUAUAUGCUGGUGCUGUUCGCUUUUGGAUGCGGUCUAAACCAACUGAUGUGGUACUACGCUGAACUAGAGAAAAACAAAUGCUACCACACUCCCAACGGAGUAGCGGACUUCGAUAACCAGGAGCGGGCCUGCACUAUUUGGAGAAGAUACGCUAAUCUAUUUGAAACCUCCCAGUCCCUCUUCUGGGCGUCCUUCGGUCUCGUGGACUUGACCACCUUCGAGCUAACGGGCAUCAAGAGCUUCACCCGCUUCUGGGCGCUGUUGACCUUCGGCUCGUACUCCGUCAUCAACAUCAUCGUGCUGCUCAACAUGCUUAUUGCCAUGAUGUCCAACUCUUACCAGAUCAUCUCCGAACGAUCAGACGUAGAAUGGAAGUUCGCACGCAGCAACCUCUGGAUGUCUUACUUCGAGGACGGCGAUACGGUCCCCCCUCCCUUUAACAUCAUCCCCACUCCGAAACACUUCUCCGGCUGGAUCAAAAACUGCUGUGAUAAUAAAAACAUGGGGUCCAUUAUCAAUAAAUCCCGUGAGAAAGCUCGCCAGCAACAUGAGUCCGUCAUGCGCGUGCUCGUUCGUCGCUACGUCACGGCGGAGCAGCGCGCACGCGACGAGACCGGCGUCACUGAGGAUGACGUCAUGGAGAUCCGGCAAGACAUCUCUACUCUACGAUAUGAGCUGAUCGAUAUUCUUCACAAUAAUGGCAUGAAGACGCCGAGGGUUACCAUGCAGGACGCCACCGUUGCGGGCAAGAAAGGGAAGGUGAUGGAAAGAAGAAUCCUUAAAGACUUCCAGAUCGGUAUAGUGGAGGGGAUUAUCAAGGAUGUCCUCUCAGCUAAGGAUAGCAAGCCUAAAGAUGUCUUUAGUCAGAUCGCUAAAGCCAUUGGGAAGAGAGGCAGUACUGAUAGCAAGAAACGCGACUGGAACGCCCUAGUCCGCACCAACACGGGUAAGCGGGAUCCUAUCGGUACCACCGAAGAGGCCAUGACUCGGCGCAGCCGUCAAUCGCUGCGCGCGCAUAUCCUCGACAACGUACAGGCCAGGACUAUGGAUCCGGAGAAACUGUUGGAAUACAACCCGAAGCUGUCAGGUGUGACACCAACAACUCGUGUGGCGUACGCCAAGUUCAUGAGAAACAAGAUCAAGGCAGACUUCACCGCGAGGAACGAAGGCCGAGCCUCCGAGACAGAUGACGCUUUGGUAGACGAAGUGUUCGAGUCGCCAAAAAAAGAUCCGGUGCGGCGAAGUGCGCGAUCAUUCCGAAGCAGUCCGAUUCCAGAAAUUUCGGAUGAUGAAGGAUUAAAAGACAACGAAAUGAAAGUAGCAGCUGACAUUGAGACCGAAACCAAAGAAUCAGAAGGCGGCUCUGAACAAACCAGACCCCUCGUAUCUUCCUCUCAAGAGCCUUCUGAACCUUGCACUCCAGACUUCGACCCAGUCACCAACAAGCGAAUGCCUUCCCCAGCCCAGCUCGAAACCAAGAAAGACUACGUCAUACAAAUAGACGAGCCAGAAUCACCUUCUAAAGGCCUCUUUAUCACUAAAGAAGAAGAUAAUGUUCUAGAAAAACCUAUAACACCAACGCCGAGCGCUCAAGAGCAAAUCCUAUCCGCCGCGACCCUCGAAAGUCAGCAAGGAACAUCUAGAUUAACACCGCAAGGUGACCCACAGGUCAGCACGAUCUCUGAGACUUCCAAGGAAAAAUCUAAGUCUUCCUUAACAAGUCCAAGGUCUUCCAGAGUCAGUCCUUCGCAAACACCGUCACCUUCACCAUCGAUGAUGAAAACUGACAAAGGAAAAUCGAAAAUCACUGGCAAAAUAGUGUCCGGUUGGCUUUAGUUCUUAGGUUAUGACUAGUGACGUAUUAGUGAGAAAUGCCUUGACAUAUAGCAAUAAUUAGAUGUAAGCGUAGGGAUAUUGUGUGAAAUGCACUUGAAUCGAAUUUAAAUAUUGUGCAAGUUAUCUGCUUAGAAAUUAGCGGUGAUUCCAAAUAAAUGUAUAACAUUUUACAUGAAACAUAUAAAAUCGACAAUUUUACAGUUAUAGUUGCCCUACCUAAGGGUUUGUUUCGGCUGAGCUGGUGACUAUGUGGUACGUGAUAUCUUCCUGAAUUUAAAGAAUGAUUAUAAUUCAAGUAAAGUAAUUCCAUGUACUAAUACCGACAAUAUCAAGUAAACAUAUCUUUUAAUGGAAAAACUUCUAAAAAAAACUUUUAAUUUAUAGUCGAGUUGGGAUAUAAUACGCUCCCAAUAUUAGAAAGAAGUAAAUAAAACACUACAGAUCCAGAAAGAUCCAGCCCCGUGAGUUCGUCUUACCCAAGGCAGUAUGUUUUCUACUUUUAAUUUUAUUCUACGCUUAAAAAGGUGAUUGUGAUAAGCAAAAGACGUGGUGUUCAAAAGGCAAAUGUCACUAUUAUAAAACAGUGGCACCUAUAAUAGUUGUUUAAGUACUUACUUACACCAAUUUAAUAUGUGGAUCAAAAACUUUAGUAUCAGUUGUGGUUUACGGAUUUUGUCCUAAAAAUGUACUGAAGUCACCUUUUGAAAUCUGGGGAUCGAUUUUUGAAUUUCAAACGCACGAAUUCGCCGUUCGAAAGUCUGUGGAAAACGUAGUGCUAUUUUUGAAAAAGGACGGCUAGUAAUUUUAAAACUAGUGGUAAUGACCACUUGUUUUCGAUUCUGUUAGUAGAAUUUAAAUCGCUAGUAGUGGAGAUAUUAUUGAACGAAUUUCACGAAAUCGAAUGGCCGAGAUUCAAAAAUCGGCCCCCUGUACAGAAAGAUGUGGUUUUUUGACUUUCGUAUCUUAUUUAUGUUCCUAAAAUGCAUCAAAUAAUAUUUUAAAUGUAAUUUAAAUUAAACACAGUCCUAUACUAUUCUAUCUUUGUAAUAUCCUACACAGCUUACCUAUUUAUAGUGUAUCAAGAAAAAGAGCUUCUGUUUGAUUGUGACAAAUUUUCUAAAUACAUAAUUAUAUACCUAAUGUAGAUGUAUUUAUACAAAGAUAUGUUUGCGGUACACAUGAUACUCAUUUUGUAAUUUCGACUGUACAAUAAACCUUUACUAGCCACAAAGCUAAAAAAAAAUAUAUUUUCCCUCACUAGCUCGGAAACACGUGUUUUGUCCUUUAAUACCAGUGGGUAAAAACGCAUUUUAUCCACUAGUGGGUAAA